AUGGCGCAGUUUUUAGAAGGCGGCGCUGCAGACAUACUCGACCUUCCGUGUCCCCCACGUACCAACGCGGAUGCUUUCAAAACUGCUCGCGAGCUUGAGCCCGCCAUCAAUUCGCUGAGCAACCUGUCCCAGCUCCUGACACGGGCAGCUGUCUCCAGCGGUGGCUUGACGUUUUACGAUCUCGUCAAUGGGGAACUUCAGUCCGCAUGGGUCUCGUACUCUCAACUACUCGCUGAUACCAUUGAAAAUGCAUCGCUUCUCCUUCAUCAUCCUGCCAUAGCGUCGUCCGCUAUUCUUCUGUUGCACUUCGACUCACAGCGCGAGAACAUCAUCUGGUUUUGGGCUGCUACGUUUGCAGGACAUACUCCAGCCAUUUCCACGCCCUUUGUCAAUGAUACUACACAACGAAGGAAGCACCUUUGCCAUCUUCACACGUUGCUCGACCGCCCUAUCGUGCUCACGAGCAAACGUUUAACGCAUGAGUUUCUUGGCAUGGAGGAACUGACUGUCCAUGAGGUGGAAUCCCUCCAAAAUAGUGCGGAUCGUGAUGCCGGCUGCCCUACAGUUUUAUCUGGUCCCGAAAAGGGGCCCAUGGACAUUGCCGCCUUGAUGCUCACAUCGGGCAGUACUGGCAAUGCCAAAGCUGUCACUCUGCGCCAUGGUCAGGUCUUGGCAGCUGUGGAAGGGAAGCAUGCUCAUCACAGCACUGCUGCCGGCAGUGUCUUCUUGAACUGGGUCGGGAUGGACCACGUCGCCAGCUUAACGGAGAUUCACCUGCACGCCAUGCUUCUGGGCUGCGACCAAAUCCACGUUCCUGCAUCAGAGCUGCUGACGCAGCCACUCCAGUUCAUUCAUCUACUGGACCGCCACAAGAUCACGUACACUUUUGCGCCCAACUUCUUCCUGACCAAGCUUCGCGACAGUUUGACGGGCUCUGCUGUCGCCCUCACUGCCGAUCUGCGCCCUCUCAAGGCCCUCAUUUCUGGAGGCGAGUCCAACGUCGUUGCCACCUGCGAUGAGCUAACUCGGCAGCUCCGACAGUUUGGCGCCGUUGGUGAUGUUAUUCGCCCAGGUUUUGGUACCUGCAUGCCUGGAAUCGCCAUGCGCGUUACGCGUCUUUCCCAUCCCGGGAAGCACGCUGACCUUGGCGAGGUGGGUGAGCUCCAGAUCUCUGGACCAGUCGUGUUCGACCGGUACUACAACGACCCCAAAGCUACCGUGGAUUCCUUUACGCCCGAUGGCUGGUUCAUUACGGGCGACCUGGCCUACCUCGAUGAAGCCGGCAACCUGAAUCUCACCGGUCGCACCAAGGAUACCAUCAUUGUCAACGGUGCCAAAUGGAGUUGUGCUCAAAUCGAGACUGCUAUCGAGGAGGAGGGAAUCCCUGGUAGAGUCCCGACGUACACCGUUGCCUUCCCCACGAGGAAGACAGGCUCUCCGACUGAGGACAUAGCCGUCGUGUAUGCGCCUGCCUAUGCUCCCCAUGACCACCAUGCCCGUUUCGAGACUGCCACUUCAAUUGCAAAGGCUGUCGCCCUCGUCACUAGCAAGAAACCCGCUCAUCUCAUCCCUCUGCCGCAGUCCCUUCUUGAAAAGUCAUCACUCGGCAAGAUCUCGCGGACCAAGGUGCGCACAGCGCUCGAAAACGGUGAUUACGGCGAAUUUGAGCGCAGCGAUCUACUCGCUCUUGAGCGAUACCGCCAAGCUCGGUGGCGUCCUGCCGAGACUGCUACGGAAAAGACCGUGCAGCUAACUGUUGCGGAGCUUCUCGAGAUGAGGCCUGAGCAGGUGAAUCUGAAUUCGUCCAUCUUCGACCUCGGUGUUGAUUCAUUCAACCUGAUCCAGCUCAAGACGAGGAUCCAGAAAGCAGUCGAAGCUCAAAUUGACAUUCCCAUGUCCGUCCUACUAACAGAGCCAACUGUCGGCGCGAUCUCUUCUGCAAUCGAUACCAUCCUCUCUCAAGCUCCAGCCUACAACCCAAUCGUUCCUCUACAGCCUCAUGGCUCCGGCACACCUUUGUUCUGCAUUCACCCUGGCUCUGGAGACAUUUUGGUUUUCAUCGCCCUUGCAGCUCAUUUCAGCACCCGCCCUGUGUAUGCUAUUCGCACGCGCGGCUACAACCCCAACGAGCGACUGUUCGACUCGAUUCAGGAAACUGCUCACACGUAUGCCGAACACAUCCGCCUCACACAGCCUGUGGGCCCGUACGCCAUCGCAGGCUACUCGCUUGGCUCAACUCUUGCGUACGAAGUCGGCAAGGUGCUCGAAGCACAAGGACAGGACGUCAAGUUUCUUGCCAGCAUUGACUACCCUCCCCACAUCGCCGAAUACGUCCAGAGUCUCAACUGGAUCGAUGUGCUUCUCCAUAUUGCAUUUUUCCUCGAGCUCAUUGACGAGCUUACGAUGGUGGAGAUCACCCCCUCUAUGCACACGCUAGAUCGACGAGCCGCUCUGUCAUAUAUUUUGGACAUUGGCGACAAAGACCGCGUUACUGCUCUAGCAAUGGACCACGAGAGGCUUGGUCUGAUCAGCGACAUUGCUGAGAACUUCCGUGUCAACGUCGAGCGCUACGAACCAAUGGGCAAAAUCAAGCAUCUUGAUGUAUUCGUUGCAGAACCACCUACGUAUGCUGCCAAGAACAGACAGGAUUGGCGAGUGAAUAAGCUGGGUCGUUGGACCGAGCUCUGCGAAAGCGAGGUCCGCUUCCACGACUGUCCGGGAAUCCACGCAAAGAUGCUGAAUCGGGAGCAUGUAGCGGACUUUGCAAAGAUCUUCAAGGCGGCGAUGCGCCGCCGUGGCGUUUAA